UUAUCUUCCCCAGCACAGUCGCCAAAAUCCCCAAUCCGAUCUCAGGACCCGAAUGGCAGUAAUCAGAGAGCGAAGGCUACCUAAGGGAAAUCUGACCCUCGAUCUCCCCGGUCAGGAUCCAACAGGCGGCCCUGAUUGCCGCCAGCGCUUCAGCUUCCCCCCACUGCCGUUGCAGCCGGUGGCAACUUUGCCGGCUGCCGCCAUUCCGACGAGCGGCGAGCACCGGCUCUCCGACUUUGAAAAGAUCAAGGUCCUUGGCCAUGGCAAUGGAGGAACAGUCUAUCAGGUCCGCCACCGCCGAACAGGAUCCGUAUACGCUCUCAAGACGCUCACAGCCGACGACUCCCUCCGCCGACGACAGAUCGCACGGGAGGUUGAAAUCCUCCGCAGCACUGAUUCCUCCACCGUAAUUCAUUGCCACGGCGUCAUCCCCACGCCCUCCGGUGACACUGCCCUUCUUCUUGAGUUCAUGGACGCCGGAUCCCUGGAAUCCCUUCUCAACCGCCGUGGACUCCCUUUCCCUGAACUCGCCAUCGCUGGAAUCGCCCGCCAGGUCCUCCUUGGCCUUUCCCACCUCCAUUCUCGCCAGAUCGUCCACCGUGACAUCAAGCCUGGGAACCUUCUCGUGAACGCCGCCGGAGAAAUCAAGAUCGCUGACUUCGGUGUGAGUAAAAUCAUGCGCCGAUCUCUCGACCCCUGUGUCUCCUACGUCGGCACCUGCGCGUAUAUGAGCCCAGAGAGGUUCGAUCCCGAUUCAUAUGGCGGCAACUACGACGCCUAUGCGGCCGAUGUGUGGAGUCUGGGGCUCACUGUGCUGGAGCUCCAUCUCGGUCACUUCCCUCUGUUGCCGCCGGGACAACGACCGGAUUGGGCGACUCUUAUGUGCGCGAUUUGCUUCGGCGAGCCGCCGGAGCUGCCCGAGACGGCUUCCAGCGAUUUCCGGGACUUCAUCCGGCGAUGCCUACAGAAGGAAUCGAGCAAGCGGUGGUCGGUGGCGCAGCUACUUGCGCAUCCCUUCAUUGCUGGGCGGGACAAAGAGGAGUCGGAUUUGCUUUUUCGGGAGAUCAUUUCGCCGGUAGCUGUGGCGGUGGGGUCAUGACUCCCCGCCGGCUGGAAGAGUCGGCUAAAUUUGUGAAUUUGUACAUACACGGCUUCUUGCGAAAGUUCGCGGCCGUCUCUAGCUUUUUAGCUAACCUUUCCCUUGAAUCUUUCAUUGAUUCUGAUAUUUUUGUAUAUAGAAUAUUUUAGUUUUCCGGCAUUGAUUAAGAAUGGAACUUUUCGGAGAUAAAAAAGAAAAGCUUUGAAAAUGAAAAUGUUAUUUGUGCCUCACUGAA